UAAAAUCUAAAUUCUCUUGAAAGUUCAUUAUGGAACACAACCGAAAUACUGCUCGCACCAUUGCUCGCGCUAAAAAGGUUAAAAACCAGAAUGGUCAACUGAUUUUACAAGCAAUAUUGAACUUGGACAGGAUGUGCACGUACGCAGAUAUUGUGGAGCAGCUGCUCAUUCGCGUGAAUCGUUCGAGUUUUAAACCUUACAUUUUGCAUGCAAUUGCCGUUAUACUGAAAGAGGCAGUGCGCUUUGGCUUUAUACAGAAGUUGGGUGGCCGGUACUGCGUCAUGUUCAACCCAGUCUCGGAGGCCCCGAAAAUCCGAGGGAAACGAACCCAAAAGCGUGCAGAGGAGUCUUCUAAUAUCGUAGUACCCAUUAAUGUAUCAGUAAAAACUAAGUAAACUAUCAAAAUUCUCAAUGAUAAA